UGAGGCGCGCGGUCGCUCCAUCAGGCCCCGGACGCUUAGCCGAAAUUUUACAGGAGCGCGGGAAAACUCGAUUCGAUUUUUUAAAAAAUUCGUUACCGAAUUUGAUACAUAACAAAGAGCGAGGAGAACGCAUUCGCAGCGCAUAUUAUUUUCAAUAACACGUUUACGUAAAUAAAGUUUAGUAAGGAGGCGACGAUAAACUUUUUUUUUUGCUUUGGGAAAACUGUGAAAGUGUACUUUACUGUGAGUGCGAAAACAUUUGGAUUUUGUUUGUGCAUCAUAAAAACAUCGUGUGUACUAUAACUCUGUUUGAUAAAUUUAUUUUCGUUCGUGUUUGGAUGUCGUAGAUUAAGAUGGUGUAUAUGGCUGAUGCAGAAGACUGAUAACUAUUAUAUCGAAGCCAUUUAAAAUGUACUCAUGAAGAGAAUCCUAAGGACGGACUCGUUUCAGUUUGUGGUCCUCGAAAGAGUCCAAAUACUGCAAUGACUACUGCGAUGGCAGCCCACCAGGAAUCUAUACACGAGAGACUCCAGCCAGCGUCGGAGGAACCCCUGUACUUGCAUCAUGGAGCUGCAUCCUGGGCAACAGAGGCAUCGGAAAACCACGAAGACCACAGUACGGACAUGUCUCCAUACUAUAACAUGCCUAAGAGAAACAAAAGGAAGAACUUCAAGCCAAGAUGUGCUCCUAACGCCACGACGUUCUCUGAUGAUUCUAACGGAGGACACUGCAACGUACAGAGUCCUCUCAAUGGAAAUGAUAGAACUUCACCGGAUCAACUGGUAGAAGAUGAAACUGACGAUGGAGCUUUUGCAAAAAUUGGAGUUAAAAACUUCAGUCUUCUAAAAGGAGGAGCAGUCGAUCUCAGUAGAAGAUUAAGUACUGAUUCAAAUGAAAACAUAGAUACAAAUUAUCAAAAUACUUUAGUCGAUGAUAAGAAAGUUGAUUCUUUCCAACGUUCUUAUAUACAUAGUUUACAAAUAAAUCAAGAAGCUGAAAGAGACAGGACGGUGUUGAAUUUUAGCAAUUUACAGAACAAAACCUUUUGUGCCAAAAAUCCUUUUGCUAUAUCGCAGUUAAUUAAAACUAACUCACCACCGAGAAGAAGGGAAUCUGAUUCCGACGAGGACAACAAAGAUCAUGAUAUUAACGCCAAUGAGAGAUUAGGAGAAGGUCAGGAAGCUAUGGAAGUGGCGGAACCUCAACAAAACGGUGAUGUAAAUAAUACAACAAAUAGGAUCUUAAGAGACUACGCUAUAAAUACAAUGAAGGAAUUUUUAGGAAUAUAUGGGUUGUCCUCUAACGAAGUAGCCGAUGCUAUAAAUGGACAAAUACGUAACUUGGAAGCACUUCAAGGUAAACCUAUUACUCAGUUGCCGAUGAGUUUGAAACGUCGUCAUGAUUCAGGCGAUGGUAUUGAUAGGAGUUUGAGAAGGUCGUCAUCUGCGACUGAAGACGAAGGCUCCACAAAUAUAACGCCACCAAAAACACCAGAUAAUGAUAUAGAAGCUCAAAGGCAAAGAGCAUUACAGAUAAUCAACCAGCAAUCAAUGAGAUUGUUUGGCAGAUCUCAAAGUCAGGAGGAAGAUUGCAGUGGCUCGGAUGAUGGAGACCAGACUCUUGAUCUGAGUGUUUCGAGAGAGGAUGGCCAGGAACAAUCAACAACAUCUAGUACUGGCAACAGCGUCUCUGAAUUCGAACAACAAAAUCUUCUCAUGAGAAAGAAUUUGGAAGAUUUAGCCAAUUUACAAAUGCAGGGAUUCUUCCAAAAGCAAUCAAUGAUGGACGCAGACGAUUCACAAGAAAGAAAAUUACAAGCUAGUGGUCUUCUAUCAGCAUUGAAUCACUUGGAUCAGGUCCGUAAGAAUUCCUUACAAACAACAGUUGAUUAUUCAAGAUACGUUAAAAGAUACAGUUCAACAUUAGAAUGUGGUUCAUCUUACUGCAAGGAUUUGGGCUAUCGAGAGCAUUUUCACUGUAUGGAUUGCACCGCGAGGGUAUUUUGCAAGAAAGAAGAAAUGAUAAGACAUUUCAAGUGGCACAAGAAACGUGACGAAUCUUUAGCUCACGGCUUCAUGCGUUACUCUCCGCUUGACGAUUGUUCCGAGCGCUUCAGCGAUUGCCCUCACAACAGGAGUCAAACCCACUAUCACUGCAUCCAAGAUGGUUGCGAUAAGGUGUAUAUAUCCACAUCAGACGUACAAAUGCACGCGAAUUAUCAUCGCAAAGACUCCGCCAUCCUGCAGGAAGGCUUCCAAAGGUUCCGGGCUACUGAAAGCUGUGCAGCACCUCAUUGUGUAUUUGCCGGACAGAGAACUACACAUUUCCACUGCCGACGGCCUGGAUGUACCUAUACAUUUAAAAAUAAAGCUGAUAUGGAAAAACACAAGACCUAUCACAUCAAGGACGAAGCUCUUUCAAAGGAUGGUUUUAAGAAAUACAUGAAGAAUGAAGCGUGUCCUUACAGAGACUGUAGAUUCAGUAGGACUUGCAAUCACAUACAUUGCAUUCGACCACAUUGCAACUAUGUUCUGCAUUCGAGCAGUCAAAUUUUCACGCAUAAGAGGAAGCAUGAACGAAAGGAACAAGAAAUGAACUUUGGGCUUCCAACGUCGGUAAUACAAAGCGCACUGAUGCACCAAGGUGCGGAUCUAAGCAUGUACUCCCCUGGAAGUAACCUUCACGUGGACGAUGAUAUGUCAAGCUCAAUGCUUGAUGACUAUUCCAAUCCUUACAAUCCAGCAUUAGUGGAGGAAGUAUCCCGGAAGUACAUAGAAGUAUUCAAUGGCAGUAAGGAAGCGGAGGACAAAUGUAGCAAAUGCAGCGCGCUCAACAAGCACUAUCAUUGCUUAUUUGAAAGCUGCAAGAUGGCACAUAGUUGUCACAACACAAUGGUGAAGCACGUGUUAGAACACGAACAACAGAACCAAGUGACAGAUGCUUAUUUUAUGACGUUUUCACGAAAUAAUCCCUGCGGCAAUUCCGCCUGUCAGCACAUCCGGGACAUCACGCAUUACCACUGCACUUGGGAAAACUGUGGCGCUGUAAUUUUAUCUUCUGAAGAACAUCCAUUCCGACGAUUGGAACAUCAUCGUCAACACGCGAUUCUCAGCCCUAUGUCCCCAAACUUAGCCGCUAGAUUCGCUCCAAACUUUACACCCCAACUCUCAGCUCAAUUACAUCCAAAUAUGGCGGCCCAAUUAGGUCAAGUGCCGAAUCUACCAAAUCUCCCGCCAAAUCUCGCUCAAUUAGCACAGAUGGCGCCAAGUCUUUCUUCUCAAUUAACGCCUAAUCUACAGGCUCAAUUAAAUCUAGGCCCAAAUCCCGGCAUAGUCCCACAACAGGUAAAUCCGUCUAGUUCUUUAGACGAAAUGUUUAGCAGGAAGAGAGGAAGACCACCAAAGAAUCGUGUGGUCGAAGUAUGGACUGAUAAUGUAACCCCACAAGCCAUUUUCACAUCAUUCAAACUACCAAAAAGUAAUCAGUUGCCACCAGCAGUACCAUCACCAGUCAUAACUACUAUUGAAGAAUUUCCUCGUAUAAAGUUUCAACACUUCGAAGUUUACACAGUACCUGAUACUUGUGCUCAAUAUUACCCUAAUUGUCAACUAAGGAUGACCAGACUACAUUUGCAUUGCUUCAACUGCAGCUUUACAGGAGAAACACACAUCAUCAUGGAAACACACAUGAGAGAAUCUCACUCCAUAUCCCCUCUUUUAGAAGGAUUCGAUUACUUCUCUUCUUUCGAACAGUGUGGUGGAAAGAGUUGUUUCAAAAAUCAACUGAGAUCUCAUUUCCAUUGUGCUCAAGGCAACAAUUGCCCAGCAAUCCUAACUCAGUAUUCAGCUUUAGCUACACACAAACAUGGUAGAGGUACCCCAGUUAUUAAAAGCGAAACUGAUCAAGAGAAAUCAUUUGAAGAGGCCAAAGAUUAUUCUAUAAAAGAAAGAGCAUCCGCUGAUAGUGUUAGUUCUAUGAAAGAACCAAAUGAAUCUUAUACUCCUACAAAUUUCUCUAUAAAGAGUGAAUUUGAGAGGGAACAGGACAACAUUUCGGUAGUAAAAGCGACUGGAACGUUUUAUCCGUCGUCGCAUCUCCGAAGCAAUACAUCAUCACCUUCACCGAGAAGUAUUUACGAUGCAUCACCAUCAAAGGAAAUGAAGCUUCGUAUGGACUUCGAACAGAAGAGACAAUAUGAGCCUCCAAAGAUCUCAGGACCAACAAUUCCGCCCUCAUGUCACGAUCAAGCUUGUCCUUUGAAUAAGAACGCUGGUGGAAUGAAUUUACAUUACCACUGCCCUCACUGCAGCCAGGCUUACGUGGAUUUGAAGCUGCUUUUCAGUCAUAUGAUGAAGAAGCAUAGCAAUAUUAUGGAACAAGGUCCAGUAGGAUUGCAAGCGACUAAGGAAACCUUAGAACGGGAGUAUCCUGAAAUUUCAAUACUACCAUCUACCGCGUCAUCUUCCACUGCUGGUCAAGUGCCUUCACCAAGUCAAAGACCAACUAAUCCAGCUGAACAAGUUCAAGCAGUGCAAAGUCUUUUACUCCAGCAGUAUCUGGCAGGUGGUCGGAAGGGCAGUCUUCAAGAUCAGUUGAAAAUGCACCAACAAUACACAGCUUCGUUGGCGGGUUUGCCUGGCUUAGCACAAGUUGCAUUAUUCUCACAGGGAGGGUCACCAUUCCCCUUGUACCCCACGAUGUUGUACCCGCCUGAGCUCCUGUUGGAACAGAGCUUGAUGCAAGGUCACGGUCUGCCACCAGGCAUGGACAAGGAAGCAGAGAUGAUUGCUAAAUCCAGGCGCACUCACACCACCAGAGGGCCUCACAUGCGAGUCAUGAAGGAUGAACCGAUACCAGAAGGAUAUCUGAGGUUCAGGUUCAAUGAAGAUUGUGCAUAUCAACACUGCGGAUACAGAGAACAUCAAACCCAUUUCCAUUGUACUCGGAAAGACUGUGGCUAUUCAUUCUGCGAUAAAACAAGAUUCGUUCAACAUACAGCCAGACAUGAAAGAUUGGAUACACUUAUGGGCGGUGACUUCCAGCAAUACAGAGCUAACGUUUACUGCCAGAGACCGGAGUGUCCACACGCCACCACAUUCGGAACAGGGCAGAAUAAGGCAUCGCAUUUCCAUUGUUUGAAGUGCGAUUUUGUGUGCACUGAUACCAACAAGGUGGUAGCACAUCGCCGGCAACAUCAGAAACUCGACUCUAUACAGGCGGCUGGUUUUGAGAAGUUCCCACCCAGCAAAGGUUGCGGUUACGAGCCUCAAUGUAUCCAUAGUAAGAAACAGACCCAUUAUCAUUGCCUGCAGUGCGGCUUCGCAGUACUGGGUCUAUCUCAGAUGACGUCACACAAGUACAAACACCAGGAGGCCAACCUAGGACCGUCCACUAGCGCCACCAACUGACCAACAAACUCAUAUAAAUGCAGUGACAAUUUAAAGAAACUAUUAUUUAAUUGUGUGUGCUUCGAAGAAUAGCGGCUUAUAGACAUAGUAUACGAAAUUUUAAUCAUUGAUUCAUAGGUUUUUGUUAUAAUUCGGAUUAUUUUAAAACAAUUUCGAAUAUGAAAAUGUCUUUGAAACGAUUUCUUAGUGAUUUAUAAAAUUCCGAAUUUGACGAAAAAACCUAAAAUUUAAAUAAGUGUCCAUCUUUAUCGUGCCUUAGAUGCAAAUUAAUUAUUAAUAUUCACACGUAACGAGUCGUGUGCCAAAUAUCUUGUAGAAGAAACUAUGACAAUAUAGAAUUAACAUUACAACCCGUUGACAAUAACAUGAGAUGUAAUCUAAUGUACACGGCGUACAACAUACAGAAAAAUUACACAGAUAUAUUAACUAAGGUAAUACGAAUGUAGUAAUGUUGCUUGGUAUGGUCUCAUGUUAUUGUGACCGGGUUAUAUCGUGUGUUCAAGUUGCUAAAAUGCAUUUUGCAUAUGUAAUAUUAAGAUUUAUGGUAGUGCAUGUUAAAAGUGUGUAUUUUCCUAAAAUCCUGACCAAUUUUUUAGGUGAUAGUUAAUAUAAAAAAAUAUUUAUAUUUAUUAAUUCCCCCAUGAGAAAAAGACAUUUUUACGAAUAGUAUUAUUAAAUUUAGAUUUCGUAAAAUGAAGGCAAUAAUUGUGUUUUGAACGCCAUUUUGUGCCUAGAUUAACAAUGGGACAAUAAACAUUUUUGUGAUACUUCCUGAUAUAAAUUUAAGUCAUUUCAUUAGGUGAAUUCGUUAUCAAACGAGAACUGACUAUCAGAAAUUAUCGCAAAAAUCAUCAUAGAUUAAAAAUUAAAAAUAUUUAACAAAAAAA